AUGGGUCUAUUUUCUAAAAAAAAGGAUACUACACCAUCAAUUCCAAAGGAGGAAUUGAUAUCUGCUGAUAAAAUGAUCAAGAAACCACCUGCUAAGUAUGGUGAAGCAGAAAAAUUGAAAAAAGUUACCACUGAACAACAGUCUGCUUAUAAGGAACUUUUGACUCAUUUUCAAGAUGAAAAAUUAGAAUUACCUAUCGAUACAAAUGACACCACUGGAAAGAAAAGACCAUUGAGUAGCUGGGAAAAAUAUUGGUUAACCAGAGAAUGUAUAUAUCGUUAUUUAAGAGCUAAUAAAUGGCAUAUCUCAAACGCCAAGAAAGGUAUGACUGAGACAAUUAUUUGGAGAAGAGAAGUCGGUAUAGCACAUGGUGAUGAAAUUGAAAAGCCUUUAACCGGUAAAGAUGUUGCUAUUGAAAAUGAAACUGGUAAGGAAAUCUUAUUAGGGUUCGAUUAUGAUAGAAGACCAUUGUUCUAUAUGAAGAAUGGACGUCAAAACACAGAAUCAUCAUUUAGACAAGUUCAACAAUUGAUCUAUAUGAUGGAAUCGGCCGUGACAUUAUGUCCUCAAGGUGUGGAAAAGAUUACUGUGUUGGUUGAUUUUAAAGCUUACAAAGAACCUGGGAUCAUUACAGACAAAGCACCACCUGUGUCUAUUGCCAGAGCCUGUCUAAACGUUAUGCAAAACCAUUACCCAGAAAGAUUGGCAAAAUGUGUCCUGAUAAACAUUCCAUGGUUUGCAUGGGCUUUCUUAAAGAUGAUGUAUCCAUUCUUGGAUCCUGCCACUAAGGAGAAAGCUGUGUUUGAUGAACCGUUUGAAAAAUAUAUUGAACCAGAACAACUUGAGGCAUUAUACAAUGGUAAAUUGGAUUUCAAGUACAAUCAUGAAGUAUAUUGGCCUGAUAUGGUUUCCGGUCUUGAUGAGAUCCGUCAUGCUGGUUACGAGAGAUUCUUGAAAUUUGGUGGUGUAAUUGGUUUAAGUGAAUAUGAUAUUAAAGGUGAUCAUGAUGAAUUAUUGUAUCCAAUUGACUUCGAUCAAACACAAGUAGCAUAG